GAUACUGAUAUCUUGGCAGCAUUCCGAGUAACUCCUCAACCAGGAGUUCCGCCUGAGGAAGCGGGGGCUGCGGUAGCUGCUGAAUCUUCUACUGGUACGUGGACAACUGUGUGGACCGAUGGGCUUACCAGUAUCAUAUUGAUUUUUUUUUUAUCAUGGCACAUAAUCUUGGAGGAGUUGCCUAGCUUCACUUUUGUGUUCCAUGAGUAA